AUGGUGGUUGUCCUUACACUCCUGUCAACAGAAGCCGUGAAGAUUUUUCCCAGAGAUCCCACAACUGUUUACAAGGCCGUUGGAAGCAGCGCUAUUUUUGGAUGCCAUUUUACGCUGGAAGAUACAGAUCAAGGACCCCUUGAGAUAGAGUGGACCAUCAAACUACCUGAUUUUCUUGCAGAAGACCCUACCACACUUCUUUACACUCCUAAGAAAACAUACACUAACUUACAUUUGCCCUUGAAGGACAGGGUGUACCUAAACUCUACUGAUCCCAGUCAAGGAGAUGUGUCAAUCAUCAUCGAGCGGCUCAAGUGGUCAGAUGCAGGGGCCUACCAGUGUCAGGUGAAGAAGGUACCAGGUAUUGAAGGCCACAAACAGAUUCUUCAUCUCAUGGCUGCUCCAUCUUUGCAAAGUUGCAUUGUAGAGGGAAUGACCUACAAAGGGUCAGAUGUGUUGAUAAAGUGGCACUCCAAUGGAACAAGACCAAUGUACUACUCCUGGGACAGAAUUGAUGGUCAUAAAAUGCCAGUAUCUGCCAGUGUGGAUAACAGAGGUGGUACAUUGCACAUCGGCUCAGCCACAGAAACCGAUGGGGGAACAUACAGAUGCACAGCAAAGAACUUAGUAGGCAAGCAUUACUGUACUCUGGAGCUCCAUGUUACACAAGCCAUGAACAUAUCUAAUAUUGUGAUACCCUGUGCUGUUGGAGGAUCCUUGGCUUUGAUUCUGUUGGCAGGUCUCUUAUGCUACUGCCUUCUAAAAAGAAACAAAGAAGACAUGGAGGACAUAGGCAAUGACUUUUUGGAGAAUGCCUUGCCUCCAGCAAGAAAAUCUGUGACUUGCAAUGUUACAGAGGAUAGCACAUACUGCUCAAUGAAGGAUAUGCGGUCGUAA